AUGAAGUUUGGCAAAGUAUUGCAACAGUCGACACAAAUGUCACCGAAUGCGUGGGAGAUCUAUUGGGCUGACUAUAAGCUACUUAAGAAGAUCAUAAAGGAUUGUGCACAGAUUAAGAAGGAGGAGAAACUACAGGGCGACAAACUUAUCAAGAUCAAGCCGUCAGCCAAAGAGGAUAAUGACAGCAUUCGUCAGUCACAGGAUGAGAUGAACUUCUUUCGCACGUUACGCGUCGAGAUUAAAAAGAUUGCUGAUUUCUUUAUCAAAGAACAAGCUAAACACACGAGUCAAGUAACGGCUAUUAAUGUUAGUUUCCAACAACUUCAGGCGAACCCCAAGUCAACAGAAGCCAAGACACGACUGAUGAAGGACUGCGUGGCACUGUAUAAAGAGUUGCUGCUUCUCGAGAAUUUUGCCGUGAUGAAUUUCUGCGGUAUUUCUAAGAUUCUGAAAAAACAUGACAAGUGGACGGGAUAUGCUACUCGCAACAAGUUUAUGCAUACGAUCUUGAUGAAGCAGCCAUUUGCAACGUACGAGCCACUGCUACAAAUGAUCGACUGUUUGGAGCAUGUUUUCAUGCAAGCAACGGGCUCGAGCAUCGAACAACAUGAUGCACAGAAGUCGUCUUCCCGACGCGGAGGUGGUGGCAGCUCUUUUUCCUCAGCUGAUGUAUCUGGUGGCUUAAGAUCUGCUACUGGUGGUGUUGAAAGAGACAAUGCUUCCUUGGGCAGUGCUGCCUCGCUGAAUAUGUCGCCUAGUCACACACCUCCUGGUGCUAGUGACAGCCGUCAUGAAGGACGUAGGGAUAGAGUCGCAGUCGAUAAAUGUUCCCCAAGAUUUGGGAAUUCGGUCACACUAGUGCGAGUGAAUGCACUUCGAGAUGAUGUGAGGGAGCUGAAAAAGAUCGAAAGCGCGUAUGACGGCGAUGGAGAAUAUGAUGAUAAUCCGGACGACUCAGGUUUUCCUGAUGAUGACGCAGCAGAAGUGUCAGAGCGCUAUGGUGACCGCUUUCGAGAAGACAAGCGCAUCCACCCUUCAUUGCCAUUGCGUGUUGUUUCAGCGAGAACGCAGUCCGACAGUGAUGCUGCAGCAAUUGCCAUGCUUACCAUGAAAGAUAGCGCGUCUGGAAUCAGCAGCGACGGUGGCGACAGCACUGCAAAAAGUUGUCGCACACGAAGCGCGAAGCGCAAGGCUUGCGCGCCGCUUGAUAUGAAAGGCAAGCGCAAGAUGAGCGUCACGGCUAUUCUCAACUAG